AUGUGGAAGAAAUUUGUUCACGUGGGUUUUAUUAUAUGCGUUUUAUAUCAUCGGAAUAUAUUGCAGUUUUCAGUUGCAUUACUACUGUUGACGGUGCAUCUGACACUUGCUUCGGAAAGCACUGUCACGUCAGCAAAGCUUAUUAAUGAUCCACAACCGCAACCAACCACAUCUCUCGCGAGCCUCUACCGUAGUGCUAGAGAUGAUUACAACUCCAGACGGCACUGUGCUAACUGUGGCCCAGGAUACGAGAGAGAUAUGCGAACCUAUGGACGGCAAACAGGCGUUACCGGAUACUACAGUGGCAUGGGCGCGAUCGAAGACGAUCGCAACUGGUACUAUCGUCCGGAGAGUUUUGACGAUCGCUACCGAGGCGGAGUAAUGCAGGCAUCUUAUUCUGGAUCAUACAGGCAACCUCCUUACAUGGGAUACGAUUAUGAUCGGUACAUGCAACGGCCGGAUGAUAGGGGAUAUGGAUAUGGUUAUCCAGGUGGUAUGGCGAUGAGGACCAACUACUAUGAUGGAGGUGCCGGUAGGAUGCCCUACUAUCCUGACAUGAUGCGCGGCUACGGCUAUCGCGGCAACGGAUACGAUAAUCUUGACCCGCAGUACGCAUACUACAUGAUGCAACGUGGCAACCCCAACGGGAUGCAGAACAGGGAUCGUUACUAUGGCUCUCAAGGCUACUACGAUGAUCGAAUGAGUUACGGUGGGCAAUACGAUCAGAAGAAUUUCAGACCAUGGGAUCAAACGUACAGAGGAAUAUCUGGUUUUGAUAAUUCUGGACGUGGUUAUUAUUUUGCAAGUCGUCCCUUGACAUCAUCCUCUUCAUCACCACUAUCAUCACCUUCAUCAUCCUUGUCCGCACAUGCAUCAUACCAUGUUCAAUCACAUCCGGCACCGGAACCGGGCUACGGUGGUCAAACCGGUGGUUACGAUCCACAUUCGACCGGUCACCAAAGUGCCAGCUAUCGUCCGGGUGGACAGCAGCAGUACCACCACCAACAACAACAACAACCACAGCACCAUGGAUCGGAUCGACCCGACUAUGAGCCAUCGGAUUCGACAUCAAACUGUUGCAAAAAUCGGUAUCCAGAAACAUCAUCGCAUCAAGGCGGUUCCUAUUCUGCUCACAAUACUGGCAAACCGAGUUACGGUGGUGGAGAAAGUGCUCACAGACCCUCCGGGAGCUGGAAUUAUGUGAAUAGUGGUACAACAUCUGGCAGCGGUGAUUUCAACCAUGGAGUCAAUACCGGGCAUGUUGGGGUAAGCAUCAACACCCACGGCUCUUAUGGAGAACACCAUAACGGUCCGGGACAGUAUCCAGGAGGUGGAACCGGCAGUGCCAGUGCCCAUGAGUACGGGGGAAAUCGGGGAAACGCUCAUCGUCGAGAAUCAGAUAAUCGUCAGCAAAGCGUUGCCUAUGGUGGACGUCCGCGGCCAACGUCACUAGGCGACACCAGUUACUUGAUGGAUCGAAAUGAUAACCACAACAAUCGUGUUCCUACGGAUAAAGAUUCCGCACGACCUGCAAGUGAUGAGAGCGACAAACGUGCUAAAUCAGACAUCGAACCCUUUACCUCUGAUCAGUCCGUGGAUCAAAAUGACAUCGAUGGGAGUGUCCAAACGCAGACGCCAAAAAACACUCCCCAGACGUAA